AGUGACUUGGGUAGCUAGCUGUUCGAGAUGGCAGUGGCACGAGAUACCUUCAACCGCCGAUCUCUUGGCCCCUCGCUGAACGCGCAUGUCAAGGAGGUAAGUCGCCGAACUGCAUCCUGCACGGCAUCGUCUCGUUUGCGCCCUGCACCCUUCCUCCCGCUGCGCGCACCGUGAACGGUCGAUCUUAGGUUAGAUGGGCUGUUUGCGAUUUAUCACCACAGCCUCAGCAACCUUGCGCAACAACAUCUCGUCCACGUUUCCAACCUGUAGCCUACACUAGUGCCCACUUUAUUGUGUAUUCAAAUCCAUCAGACUGCAAGAUGGAUCUACAUCCGGCUUUGGAGUCUAAAUUCACGCUAACACUAGAUUCACAGGCCCGAGUUCUUAUGGUUGGCGCAGGUGGAAUCGGCUGUGAACUGUUAAAAAAUCUCGCCCUCACCGGCUUCGGCGAAAUUCACAUCGUUGACCUCGACACAAUCGACUUGAGCAAUCUGAACCGACAGUUCCUCUUCCGACACGAACAUAUCGGGAAGUCCAAAGCCCUGGUAGCUAAGGAGGCGGCGGCAGUAUUCAACCCGAACGUCAAGAUUGUCGCGCACCACGCCAAUAUUAAGGACGUACAAUUUCAUGUCGAAUGGUUUAGAGGCUUCAAAGUAGUGUUUAAUGCGUUGGACAACCUCGAGGCGCGACGUCAUGUGAAUCGAAUGUGUUUAGCGGCCAACGUCCCUCUAAUCGAGAGCGGAACAACAGGGUUUAAUGGACAAGUUCAAGUCAUUAAAAAAGGUGUUACAGCUUGUUAUGACUGCACCACAAAGGAGGCGCCUAAGACCUUCCCCGUUUGCACGAUUCGAAGCACGCCGAGUCAACCCAUCCACUGUAUAGUUUGGGGUAAGAGUUACUUGCUUAACGAAAUCUACGGUACAAGCGAGGACCAAGCUUCCCUCGAUCUCGGCGAGAACGAAGAUAACGCAUCGGAGAUUGCAGAGCUCAAAAAGGAGGCAGAAUCAUUAAGAAAGAUAAGAGAAUCAGUUGGCACGGAGCAGUUCUCGGAGAUGUUAUUCGACAAGGUUUUCAAUGCAGACAUUGUUCGCUUACGCUCUAUGAAGGAUAUGUGGAAGUCGAGAGAACCACCCAAGCCUCUCGAAUACAAGACGUUGAUAAGCCAAGCAGCUGAGGCCCUCGCAUCGAAAGACCACAUCCUCGAGGAUGGCCAGCGCAUAUGGACUUUGGAGGAAAAUUUGGCAGUUUUCAACGAUAGCCUAGACCGCUUAAGUAAGCGAAUGCUGAAGUUACUGGCGACACGUAGUGAAGACUCGCCAAAACCUACUAUCACUUUUGAUAAAGAUGAUCAGGACACACUCGACUUCGUCGCCGCUAGCGCGAACAUUCGAUCGCAUAUCUUCGGAAUAGAAGCCAAGUCACGUUUCGAUAUCAAACAGAUGGCCGGCAACAUUAUUCCCGCUAUCGCGACCACAAACGCGAUCGUUGCUGGCCUUUCCGUCCUCGAGUCGUUCAAAGUUCUUCGAGGGGAAUAUGACAAGGCGCGAGAGGUAUUCUUGACGCCUUUUGCGCCUCAGAGGUUACUAGGGACAGAUCGUCCUCGACUACCAAACCCGGAAUGCCCAGUUUGCGGCGCCUACAACGCUAAUAUUAAUGUUGAUCUAUCAAAAGCGACGCUUAACGAUCUAGUAGAAUUUAUUAAACAAGAACUAGGUUACGGCGAGAAGGAAUUUGCCGUUAAUAGUGAUGCUGGCUUACUAUAUGAUCCUGACGAGACGGAUAAUCUUGAUAAAAAUCUUAACGAACUCGGCGUCAAGCAAAACAGUUUUGUCACUAUCGUAGAUGAGGAUGAUGACGAUACCUUCAUCAACGUUGUUAUUAACAUUCAGGAAGCGUAUGUCGUAGCAAACAAUUCUCACUAUACUAAUAACUAACUUCCCUUUGUAGCAAGCUCGCGGAUAAACCCAUUGAAGGUCUCCAAGUCGACCAAGAACCUAGCAUCCCUCGUCAACCGAAGAGGGUGCUUACUAUUCAGAGCAACGGGAUUAGCCAGACUAAUGGCAAGCGUGCUGCUGAUGGAGAGCCUAAGGACCCUAAGAAGCGUUUAAUAACGGAAGAUGGAGCAUCUCCAGCAG